AUGGACGACGUGAUUUCAGCAACAUCUCUGUUAACGAUACCGUCCAUGGAGGCCGACAUCAGAACGACGCCUAAAGGCUUUCUCUGCGUUUUGUGCAACGUCAACAUUCCAAACCAGCCGAGCUUGGAGCAGCACCUGAAGGGACGCAAACACGAGACUCUCAGCAACGUGAGGUCCACCAGGAAGUCCCAGGAGGAGCGCAGUGUGUUCGUGAGUGGCCUGAAGCCGGACGUCUCCAACAGCGAUGUGGCCGAGUACUUCCAGCGCUUUGGCUCCAUCACAGACGUCAUCAUGGACAAAAACAAGGGGGUGUAUGCCAUCGUUCAGUUCGAUGAGGUCGCCGGCGUGAACGCUGCUUUAUCUCAUGACGAGCAUCAGCUGAAGGGUCUGAAGCUCCGAGUGAAACCCAGAGAGAAAAAAGAAUUCAAGUUAAUUCCCAAGAAGAAAAACUACUUUCAGAACCUGCAAGAAGUCUGUGAGAGACUGAAGCCGGAGCUCUGCCAGCUGACGUCCGUCAACGCACAGAUGCAGUACAUGGUAGAACGAUUCCAGCUCGGAGAGAAUGAGAAGAAAUCCAGGAGCUUGGUGAUACAGCUACUGCAGGAGGUUUUUGUUGAGUUCUUCCCAGACAGCCAAAUAAUCCCGUUUGGAUCUUCUGUCAACACGUUUGGCAUCCACUCCUGUGACUUGGAUUUGUUUUUGGAUUUGGAAAAUACCAAGGUCUUCCAAGCUCACGCCAAAGCCAACAUGGAACAGGCCGGGGAGGGCGUGUCAGACGAUGGCCGAUCAGAGGAUUCUAUCUUGUCUGAUAUCGACCUCUCCACGGCGUCUCCAGCUGAACUCUUGGACUUAGUGGCGGUUAUUUUAAAGCGCUGCGUCCCCAGUGUGGACAAAGUGAACGUGGUCAGCACCGCCCGACUUCCUGUGGUCAAGUUUCAGCACAAAGAGCUCCACCUUCAGGGCGACAUCACGCUGAACAACAGACUGGCGGUGAGAAACACCCGCUUCCUCCAGCUGUGCUCCGGGGCCGAGGAGCGGCUGAGGCCCCUGGUCUACACCCUGCGACUGUGGGCCAAGCAGAAGCAGCUGGCCGGAAACCCCAGUGGAGCGGGGCCUCUGCUCAACAACUACGCCCUGACCCUCCUGGUGCUGUACUACCUCCAGAACUGUGAGCCUCCAGUCCUGCCCACGGUCAACCAGCUCAAAGACAUGGCCUGUGAGGAGGAGGAGUGUGUGAUUGAAAACUGGGACUGCACGUUUCCUACUCAGGCCAUUGCUGUUCCUCCCAGCAAAAACACUCAAGAGCUUUGUUCUCUGCUCGCCGGUUUCUUCAGCUUCUACGCUCAGUUUGAAUUUGCCACAAAUGUCAUAUCCCUCAGAACCGGCCGCUCAGAUCCACUUACAAAUGUACAAAAAGCCGCAGCAGAUGACGACAUGCAGCAGGAUUGUUCUGCUAAGCCUCCUCAGGGCGGCCCCAGAAUUGGGCCGAUGAAUAUCUUGGACCCUUUCGAGCUUUCCCACAAUGUUGCCGGGAACCUAAACGAGCGCACGGCUCGCAGCUUCCAAAAAGAAUGUCAGGAGGCGGAGAAGUACUGCCGCAGCCUGCAGUACCAGGUCAAAUCCAACAAAGGGAAGUCGUGGGGCCUGGUGCGUCUGCUCACCCCUCAAGGGGAAGGGCCUCAGGCCCGAAUGGACCUGCUCACUGUCAGCAUCCUCCUGAGGUCUGAGGGACUUCCAGAAGACCUCCAGAACCAGCAGCACGUGGCCAAAGACGCCUUCUCUGUUCUGUGGUUUCAGAGAGUGUGUGCCGUCGUAGAGGGCAUUUUUCAGAACGUUCUCAAGUGUCACCUCGUCUCGGCUCCUGAGGUGUUGGAGGAGGGCCAGGACGUGGACCUGAGCUCGUCUCUGGACGACAGCGGCCUCAGCGUGGAGUCUCCCGUUAAUCCCGGUCCAAACGUCGGGGGGAAAAGGCCUCUGUCGUCCGGCAGCGAUGACUCUGUGUCGCCUCAUGGCAAGAAGCCCAGACUGACCAAAAGGGGGCGCUCCGUGCUGUCUCCCUGGCUGUGGGAGCAGAGGCACUCUGUGUGGGCAGGACGGAGGAAAGUGAGGCGAGAGCUGAUCAAAGACUCCGAGGCUAAAGCAGAGGGCAGCUGUGUGGAGCUGGAGACACAGGUCACUACACACAUCACCGAGAAGGAGCCGCAGCUGAAGGAGGCGCUGCAGUUCAAACUCCAGCCUCAGCUGGUGGUGGCGACAGAGAGCACAAGCACGCUGCUAAAGUUCCAGCCCAUCCAGGACUCUGAGGGAGUCUUCCAAGACUUCUUCCACUUUCUGGAAGUGUUCCUGCCCAAGAUGGUGGACACGAUGCUUGUAAAAAGAGCAGAUAAUUCUUGA